AUGCGAGCGGCUCGAGCUUCUCUCCACAGUCACAUUUCUCCUUCUCUCUCUCUCCACAGUCACCACUUGACCACAGCCGUGCAGCAUCCCAUCUCCGAAAACCGAGAUUUUCCUUCCAAAGUCCAAAAUUCGAUGUCGCUCAAACUCAGCCAUCAUCCGCGACACUCAUCAACAUCGCCAUCGUCAUCCACAACAUCGUCAGCCAAGUCAGUCUACUACCUUCACUCUCGCGUGCAGAUCGAGGCAGUCUGCGUCGCCAUGUACAACGGUAUCGGUCUAAAGACCGCUCGAGGAACUGGCACCAAUGGAUACGUCCAACGCAACCUUUCCAACUUUAAACCUCGCGACAACCCAUUCAACAAGCAAAAAGCUUCCACCUCGUUCGGCUCCGACGUUCGACACACACAGCCCGAUGCAGCCAUCCUGGAACACGAGCGGAAACGUCAGGUUGAGGUGAAAUGUAUGGAGCUACGAGUGCAGCUCGAAGAUGAUGAGGUGGGACAAGACGAGAUUGAGCUCCAGGUCUCGGCUCUCCGCGAAAAGUUGAAAGCACAGUUGGAGCAGCAGACACAACAGGCAAGCGCAGCAAACACAUCCUCGAAACGGGAUACAGGCAGGCUCGGACCCGGAGAGACGCACAAGCGGCUCGAAGCAAAGCAGCACGACGAUCGUCGUUUCGCGUCUGCCGUCGGUGUGGAAAGCGGAUACCGUGAAGGCGAUGCCUUCGAUCGCGAGCUACAGGAAAGAAAGAGGCAGGAAAGGAUGGAAGAGAGACGCAAAGCGGACGAGCAGAGGAAGCUUGACUGGGAGAGGAAGAGAGAUAUGCAGCAGCAGGCGGCAAGGCGAGAGCGAGAUAGGGAAAUCAGUCAAAGGUCCGGUCGCGAUGCGGGUUGGGCAGGUCGUGCUAGCAGGGCAUCUCCGGAUGAUCGCAGAGGUCGCGGCAGAGAUUCCGAGGAUGACCGGUCGCUGUCAAGAUCGCCUUCUCCUCGAGCCAAGAAGCGAGGCAAAUACACCAGCUCAGUGUCAGGCAGCGAUUCUUACUCAUCCGACUCGGAUAGGGACGCUGCUCCGAGAAGCCGUCGCAGCAACGUUCCUCGGAAAAGCAGAGACGAUGAAAGGGGCAGGAAACGAUCACGUUCACCGUCGUUCUCGGACUCGAGCUCACGCUCGCGCUCUUCACGCUCGUAUUCUCGUUCCUUCUCCUCAUCAUCACGGUCAAGGUCACGAUCACGAUCUCCCAUCCGUCGUCGACGAACCCGCUCCUACUCUCGCUCCGUCUCACGCUCUCGUUCACGCUCUCGUUCACGAUCUCGAUCGACCUCAUCGCGCAGCGUCAGCCGCACACCUCCACGCGAAACACACAAUCGAUCGCGCAGCAGGAGCCUCUCUCGAUCUCGCAGUCCCAUCGCUCGACGAGGAAGAUCGCGUACACCUUCGUCGUACACCUCUCGUUCACGUUCACGCAGCUUCAGUUCGCGUUCAGGAUCGAGUGCUUCACGCUCACGCUCUCCUCCCCGCGCUGCGAGACGCACAAGGGAUGCAUUCUCUCCUCCUCACAAGUCGGCUAGACCACCAGGUCCUCCACCCGUUAAACCCGGCCCUCCACCGCCCAGACCUCCUGGCCUGUAA